AUGAUGAAUGAUAAAAAAGAUAAGAAUGGGGACAAGAAUGACCAGCUGGACCUUAGUUCGGUAAAUUUCAACAGUCAGGCAUAUUUGAGUAAUUUAUUUCAGAAGAAAAAUUUAGAUGAAUUGGUUCAGGUGGAAGAAGAUAUGAUCUAUAAUGUUAGACGGCUUGAUUCCGAAAUGCAACAACUUGUCUACGAAAAUUACAACAAAUUCCUCACAGCAACAAGUACUGUGAAGAAAAUGCAAAAUGAUUUCAUGGAAAUGGGUCAAAAAAUGGAGAAUUUAUCGAAACGGAUGGGCAAAAUAGCAACAUUAUCAAAAGAUCUUUCCACAACAUUCAGCAAACAUCGUGCAAAUGUAUCACAACUGUCUGAUGCUAAUAAAAAAGUGAAAGACUUGCAGUUUUUGCUAUGUUUGCCACAAAAGUUACAAGAAGCAGUGAAAAUUUAUUCAAGGACACGGUCAUCUCUUUUACUCUGCAAAGACAUAUCUUCAAUUUCUGAUAUCUAUGAUGAAGCAGUAGCUAUAAUGGCAACAGUUGAAGACCAGUUGAAACAAAUCAUCUGUGGUUGUCUCAUUUCAUCUGAUGAACUUUCCCAAGCCAUAACUCUACUGCUUAAGUUGGACGUUCAGUCGUCGACUAUUUACAAUGAUUUUCUGGCUAGUUGCAAGCGUAAUUUAACUGAUCAGCUUAGAGCAAUGCGAACACAGAGACAGGAUACAGCAGAUGUUCUGGAGUUUGUGGAUAAUUGUUGCAGCACCUUUUUAACCGAUUUAUCAUUAGUUACAACAAUAAAUCAACGUUUUUUCCCAAAUGAGGUAAUUGCAGGUAAUGUAAAUGAAUUGAUGGAUUCACUAAUGAAUCAGUUUGAAGAAGUUGUUAGGAUGCGUUUUCUGGAAGAAACAGAUGCUGCAGAAUGCGCGAUUGUUGUACGGGCUCUUGAUCGUUUUUACCGUCGUAUGUCAUCGUGUAACCAGCUUAUACGUGGUGUAGAUUAUUUUCCACUGUGUAUUUCUAUGUUAAAUAUCGUUUCAAGGCAUGAAAUAGAACUUGCACAAGGUCAAGUUGUGGAACGUGUUGGUUGGUCUUUGCAACAGAUUCAAGAAAAACUAACUGCACCGGGGACAUCUGUUUCGAAUACAUCAGCACUAAACGACAUAAUUUCACAAUUGGAACAUUCCCUCCUUGUUCAAAUCAAAACGGCCCUUGCAUCCUUGCUUCUUUUUACCGCUUCUGAUAUGACGUUUUCAUCACUUGAUCAAGUUCAAUUUGCACUUGGUUUUGGUAUUGAUGUUCACGAAUUAUUGGUUGUAAAAUCUCUGGAUGAAAUAGCGCAGUUAGGUUUGAAAUAUUGUGAUGUUAUGAGUCAAACGAUGCCAUUAUUACCCGUUGUUUACAUCAUUUUAGCACAACUUUUUAUCAACAUCGAAAGUCAUUCUGUGGUUUAUAUCAUGAAUUUAUGUCAAGAGCAAUUCAGAUUGGUAGCAGAGAAGGAAAAAGGAGAAAAAUCGCGGUUGAGUUCAGUUGAGAAAGUGAGAGUUCGCUUGCGCACAGCUGCUUAUGAACUUCUGAAAUAUUACGUCUUAAUACGCAGUAUUGAAUCUCGAGACUGGUUAAAUUGUGUUGAACCAACAGCAGUGCGACCUGCUGUGAAGCAUUUUAUCGACGAUUUAGCUUCCAUAAAUUCAACUAUUAAGCCAUUUAUGGAUGAGGGUACUCGUAAAGAACGACUGUUAGAAAGCAAUUCAUCACGUUCACAUUCAAGACGAACAUUCGAUACAUGCUCAAUCAGUUCAACAUUGGAUAAGUUAUGGUCUGAAAGGAUAGAUUUUUGUACAAAUGUGGAGUUUAAUCGAAUGUCAGUCUUGACGGCCAUUGUUAAUGUUGCUUUGAAAUCUUUUCUUGAGUGUGUCCGGUUGCAAAUUUUUUCCAGAUUUGGUUUACAACAAAUCCAGGUGGACUGUUGUUUUUUACGACAGAAUUUAUGGCACUAUUUGUCGGAUGAACAAAUUGCACUUUCGCUAAUCGAUGAAAUUGUUUCGUCAGCAGUACAUCGUUCAAUAGAUCCAAAAUUGAUGGAACCCUCUGUUGUUAAGGCCUUAUGUAAUCAUUGA